UACUCUAAUAAUAAUAAUAAUAAUAAUAAUAAUAAUAAUAAUAAUAAUAAUGAUAAAUAUUGUUUUUCUUGUUUGAUUUUUUAUAGUCUCCGCCGGAGAAGGUGGUUUCAAAUUCAGGGAAAAUGGAAAUAACAUUUAACUCAGCGACAGCAAGAGUUCCUUCCUUGCCGAUAACUAAAUCCGACGGUCGCGAUCGGAGUCCGUCCUCACUUUCCUUCGUGCCUCGUAACGGAUUCGUGCACCUUUCAUCUUCUCCAACACGCUUUCGCAUUAACAAGAAUUCUCUCUUCAAGGUUUUAUCUGCCGAAAAGAAUCAUGUUCAAGUUGUAGAAGGAAGUGGUGUAGAUGACAUCUACGAUGCAUUGGUUAGACGAAUUCUGCCUCUGCCGUCAGUGUCGUUAAAUCCUAAUUAUAAGUUUUUUGUUGGCCUGGCUGGUCCUCCUGGUGCUGGGAAAAGCACAAUAGCGCAUGAAGUAGCCAGACGCAUAAACAAGCUUUGGCCAGAGAAAGCUUCUUCCUUUGACUCCCAGGUUCAACCUCCUGAUGUCGCUGUUGUGAUUCCCAUGGAUGGUUUUCAUCUUUAUCGUUCUGAACUAGAUGCAAUGAAGAAUCCUGAGGAAGCACAUGCUAGAAGGGGAGCUCCAUGGACAUUCAAUCCUACGCGCCUUCUUAUGUGUCUCAAGAAUCUAAGAGUUCAUGGAUCAGUUUAUGUACCAUCAUUUGACCAUGGUGUUGGGGAUCCAGUGGAAGAUGAUAUCUUUGUGAACCUUCAGCAUAAAAUCAUUAUUAUUGAAGGUAACUAUUUGCUCCUGGAAGAUGGGGUAUGGAAGGAGAUUUCAUCUUUGUUUGAUGAGAAAUGGUUUGUUGAUAUUGACAUUGACAAAGCAAUGCAGCGAGUUUUAAAGAGGCAUAUCUCCACUGGCAAGCCUCGAGACAUUGCUAAGCAGAGGAUAGAGAACAACGAUAGACUCAAUGCAGAACUUAUAAUGAAGUCUAAGAGAAAUGCUGAUAUAAUAAUCAAGUCAGUUGAUUUUUGAGGAAUGUGUUUGUACAAAGUCAAGUUGAAAUGUACAAGAAAAGUAAACAAAUAAUUUUGGCAAUAAGUCCAAGCAUUUGGGGUUAUUAGAAAAUGAUAAAUGUAGAGAAGAGAGAAAGCUAAAGUUGUUAUGAACUCAGAUUCAUUGUGAUAAAGUUGGUUACAAACUCAAUUAGAGUUGAGUAUAUAUAGUAAACCUAACUGCUGACUCAGCACUGAUAGUUAGGGCUUGAGACUUAAUUCUACUAGUUGAUCUAGCUACUA